ACAUACACACACACACGGUGAAGAAGUGCGUACGUGCGUGCCUGUUGAAUUUGGGCUGCGGUUUCUAUUUUGUGAAGCUCAGACGUUCUUUUUGUACCAUAUUCUCAUCACUAUCCUUAUCAUUAUUACUGACAUGAUGUCAGACUUUUAUGGAAGUAGCCUUUUCUCAAACUGAUCAUUACAGAAGUGCACAAGGAGAUACGUUUCAAGUUACAUUUUCGACUGGAAUUCUGCUUGGAUUAAGGCAGCGAUAUACGUUAUAGCUGAAACUUUCGUGUGGAUUAACGUUAUAGGAAGGUUCGAGGAAAGGAUUAUCUUCAACACAGAUAAGUGAUUAUACCUACAAAAGAACUGACCAGCAGAGCGGAAAAUCCCCAUUGGCUUGUAUUCUACAUGCUUAUAAAUGUUUGGGAAGUAUUUAACAGAAUGUGUUAAUUCAACUUAUUGGGUUACCUUGUUUUAAUAAAACUCACGGGGUUAUAUUGUGAAUGCUUAUCUUGUACGAAACAUUGACAAAGAGUUUACUUUUAAAAUACCAUUGGAUUACGUUGUGGUUGAUUAUCUGGAACAAAACAUUGCCAUAGAGUUCUGAAAAAAAAUUAAACACUAUUUGAUUGCACUGUGGUUAAUUAUAUUGCACGAAACAACAAACAAAGGGUUUCAGUCACCCACCGGGUUAUUUGUACAGUGUCCUGGAUUCUGUUGUGAUAUACAAUUGGGAGAGGUUUUAAAGGAACGUUUCUUUGGAUUACAUUCAGUUGGAUUAUCGUUCUGUUCAAUUUUGCUGAGGAGCAUUGUUACGUUGACACAUCAUGGUGCUUCCUAGCGUGAUGGAGAACGGAGGGAAAAGUCCAGCAUUAAAGGAGGACGGCGACGGCAAGGCGAACCCGCUGGCCUCCUCCUCCACCACCACCACCACCACCACCACCAAAGGCAACAACAACAACAACAACAACAACAGAAACAGCAGCACGUCGUCUUCCUCCGAGAGCAACAUCGUCCCGCCACCGCCCACCCCGGGUACCGCCCCUGCGCUGGGAGGCUGCGCACACAGGGGGUGGAGCCGGAAGCGACUACGUACCCGCGACGCGCUGCUCAUAGCGGUGGUCGUGGUUUUGUUCGUGGGCGUGGCGGUGGGCGUGAGCCUCGCUGUUGUUCUUGUAGAUAGUUCUUCCUCGGUGCCAACAUGUCCGUGGUUCAUUUCUCCCUGAACUUUGCACGUGACCAGCUACACACGGCCUUGUCGCUCCAGGCCGAUGACGUCAGCGCUCCAGACGAUGACGUCAGCGCGGGCCGGGCCGUGCAGGCACUCCUCAGGAACCAGGUUGUGAAAAGACAGGCCGAGAUGACUCUCUCCAUUCGGCCGGAGUCUAUUGUGAUCUUAGAAAACAUUCCAGUGACGCCAUCAACACCGGUUACGACAACCGAGUCUUCCACGACGAUAUCUUCAUCUCCGCCAUCGUCUUCAUCGUCGCCAACAUCGACCACAACAGAAGCUGACACAACAACAACGACUGCAGCAACAUCACCAUCAUCAACAACAACAGCAACAACAUCACCAUCACCAACAACAGCAACAACAACAUCACCAUCAUCAACAACAGCAAAAACAACAACAGCAGCGACGAAUCCGUCGACGUCCACCACUGCAACAACAACAACUGCAACAACAGCAACAACUUUGUCCCCAACCUCGACGUCAGUUUCAACAACAGAGACAACGGACGCUCCGACGAACCCCAGCACCACGUCCACUCUUCCUACCCCGCCUCCAGCCCGCUGUGAGGUUAUGACCUUUGAACCAUGCGGUUCCGUAGUGGGGAAUUCCCAUUUCUACCUUCCAAAUCUGCUGGGUCACACAAGUCCUGACGAUGCACAGAAGGAGUUCGAGAACUUACUUGGUCCCAGCGGGGCAACUCGUUGCUCUGACCACGUCUUCCGGUUCGCCUGCUCCCUGCUUUUCCCGCCCUGUGAUGAUGUAGACACGUCCAGCAGUAACAGCCCUCUCCCUGUUCCUAGGCACCCGUGCCGAUCUUUCUGUGAUGAUGUGAAAAACGACUGUGGAAGUUUCCCAAACUUCCCACAAAACUGCGACGAAUUCCCAACAACGGACUGCACAGGACCACUAAUUCUAACAACACCAAGAGCAGAAACGACAACAGCAAUAACAACGACAGAGGCCACCACAACAACGUCUGUUGCAACAAAGUCGACUUCUACUACAGAAUUUCCAGAUUACCCAGAUCUUUACUGUGUCAAUUUCGAGCUCCCUGUUUGCAAACAGUUGGGCUUUGACGUCACAUCUCUUCCCAGUGUGUAUGAGGGCUGUGAGGAUGACAUACCCUGUCUUAUCAGUCUCUUUGAGUUUUUUGCCAACGACAGCAUCCACAGCGGGUGCAUGCAGGACAUGACCUUCUUCUGUCUGUAUACAUUCCCCGGGUGCAAUGUGGACUACUACAACGAACCCAUCUGGCCUUGUCGAGAAGCCUGUGAAGACGCUGUACAGAAGUGCGGACGGUACAUGCCCUACCCCCCAGACUGCUUGUACCUCCCGGCACAAGACGACCCGUACUACCCGUGUAUUCCAGCCCAGCCUGAGCCUUCCACCACCACCCCCACACCCACACCCAUACCAGAGAUCAGUGCCCAGUGCCCUAACGCUACCUUCCCCAUGGACUGCACCGUGUUUGACAACAACGACACCUGCGUCCAUCCCAUGACAUCGACCACCCCAGCAGCCGUCACCACCACUGCAGCGCCACCGACCACCACAGAGGCAAAAAUCGAGUGUCAGCCUCUGGAUUUCUCCAUCUGCAAACAUUUCGGCUACUCUCAAACUUCAUUCCCGAACUUCUGGGGUGACAUGACCUCACAGGCAGCAAACAAAACAUAUUACUCCUAUGCAGAGGUGUCUGUGUCUGCGGGAUGCUCCCCAAACAUCGUGUUCUACGUGUGCAGUAUGUUGUUUCCCUACUGUGAGGGCCCCGAUGCCAAGCACAAGCUGCCCUGCAAGUCUGUUUGUGAAGAGGUCAACCAGAACUGCCCACUGUUGUUUGUCCAGAACUGCACCAACUUGUCUGAUCCCAACCCAGACACAUGCCUCGCUCCUCCAGAGAGAUACGACUGGUGCGAGAUAGAUGAGUUUACCUGUGUCAGCACAAAGGAAUGUAUUCCUCUGGGCAAGGUGUGCGACGGAACCCCACAGUGCUCGGACCACACAGAUGAGAGGGACUGCAUUUUCAAAAAUAAUCCUGGAAGUCCUUUCUUUCUGAACGUGUGGAAGCCCAAGUACGAUGAAUACUCUGGAAGUUUAUAUGAUAGUGUCCCGGUCUGCGCCCGUGGCUUCAACAACAUCGUCGGGCAAACCAGCUGCAUGAAGAUGGGAGAAGACUCGCUGGAACGGUGGGAGGAGGUGGAGACUUUUUUUUACUAUCUGUUCUUUGAGCUGGACCCGAACGGGACGCAGAUGAGUGCUAUAGGGAGAGGGAACCUGGUCCAGAACUGCCAGGGACCAUUGGCAGCUGUGACAUGCAGGCUGCGAGAAUGUGGCCACCCAGCUGAGAAUCUUCCCAAUUCUAUCAUCAAUGGCCUUGAUGCUCUGCCUGGCGCUUGGCCCUGGAUGGUGUCCUUCCAACAGUAUGGCGUUCACAAGUGUGGAGGAGCUAUCAUCAGCCCGUACUUCGUCUUGACCGCUGGUCACUGUGUGGAUUCCUACAUGAGCUUCGACUCUCUAAUGGUCAUCGCGGGCACCACCCACCUUUCCAGACUGGGCCAGACAGGAAGACGUCACUACAUCCGCCGCGUCAUCCUCCACCCGGGCUUCGUGUUCGGCAAAGCCAACGACAUCGCGCUGCUGGAGCUGAAGACUCCGCUGGAGUACAGUGACUACAUCAAGCCUUUGUGCUUCCCGGAGGAGGAUGACGUCUUCACCAUGGCCAAUGAGUGUCACAUCGCAGGCUGGGGGCAUCUCCAAGGAAAUGGAGGUGCCCCAUCCAGGAACCUGCAGCAGACCAAGCUGAGCCUGUGGGACACCAACAAAUGCAACAGCAGCUUCAUGUGGGAUGGGCUUAUCAAGGAGGACGAGAUCUGUGCUGGUUACUACAACGGCCUCAUUGCGCCCUGCUAUGGGGACAGCGGUAGCGCUGUUGCGUGCAAAGAUGAGUUCGGCACCUGGAAGUCUGUUGGAGUGGCCAGUUAUGUGUUCCAGACAUGCAAUGUGGCAUCCAAGCCAAGUGUUUUUGCUGCUACACUCCCAUAUCUGGACUGGAUCAAGAAUCAAACAGUGUGCCAGUUCACGUGCGACAACGGUGUGUGUCUGUUUGACAAGAGCAUGUUGUGCAAUGCUAUCGACGACUGUGGAGAUAAGAGCGAUGAAAUCAACCUUUGUGACAUUUCGGCCAACUGCAGCUUCACAGACUACUUCCUGUGCGGUUACCAGACCAAGCUGAAAUGGAAGCUGGUCACCCACGGCAACAGUAAGGACGCUGCCAACAGAUUCCCUCUCUUUGACCACACAAAAGGGGGCGCUCCAGGAAAAUUUUUGAUGGGUCCGACCCGAGGAGUGGAUAUCUACACACCACGCAUCGACCUUACCAAGCCGCACUGUAUGCGCUUCCACUACCACAUGCGAGGGGAGGUACAGCAGGGCAUGCGUGUCUCCGCCCACAAGAUACAGCUGCUGGUCUGGGUCGGCAAGUGGAUUGUGGAGGAGACUAUCGGUCCGGACCGCUGGCUCAUGGGCACAUUUGACCUUGAACCGGGUCACUGGGACAUUGUGUUUCGCCCUCAUGACGAUCAACGAUUCUCUCUGGAUGAUAUGUACCUACUUGAAGGAACCUGUGAUGAGAUGAAGUGUUUGCCUGGGGAAUUCAUGUGCAACACGUUUGGGUCAAGGAACUGUCUUCCUGUGGCUGUGCGAUGUAACAUGGUGCUGGACUGUGAUGAUGGGCAAGAUGAAGAAAACUGCAGUGCUUCUUUGUACACAUGUGACUUCGAGAACGGCAACUUGUGUGGCCUUCAACAAUCCACAACGGACAGUGUGGCUGGAGAAUGGGUCAUGGCCGACUCGUCCGAUACUCCUAGGAAUCUCGUGGAUCACACUUUUGCCAACGACAGUGGAACAAUGUUGAAGAUCCCAACUGCAUACAUGCUUCGGGAGGACAAAGUUCACAUGUUUCAGGACGUCCUACUGGAAGACACUCCGUACUGCCUCAAACUUUUCUACGCCUCCACGUCUCCAGCUACUUUACAGGUCAAGAUGGAAUGGGACAACAAGGCCAGACAAGUGUUGCGGUUCACUGACCGCCUGACCCCAACCUGGAUCCCCGUCCAAGCAACCCUACCCACCUUAGGUCAAAGUACAAAGGUCAGACUGAGUUACUACGUCAUCGGAGGAGAGCUUGGUUUUGAAAUUGACGAGCAGGCAAUUCUCAUCGACGACAUAACAAUCUCACGUGGAGCAUGCUCAGAAUUUACCUGUCCCCCUAACACUUUGAAGUGCGGUGGAGAGGCUUACUGCUUACCCAUGGCCAAAGUCUGCGACAGAGUUGUACAUUGUCUAGAGAGAACAGAUGAGAUCAACUGUGCGUGUGAAGCGGAUGAGUACAAGUGUCCGACAGGAUCGUGUAUACCUCGGGAGAAAACGUGUGACCUCAUACGGGACUGCCCAGAUGGUAGCGACGAGGGAAGUGUUUGUGACCCGCAGCGCUCUAUCAGCUGCGACUUUGAGAACAAGUUCCUGUGUGGCUACACGGUCAACACCACCAGCAAUGGCUUCCACUGGGCACGACACAGUGGCCCAACACCAAGGAGUGGAACCGGGCCCAACGAGGAUCACACGUUUGAGGGGAUAGCUGGCCUCACCGGUCACUACAUUUUUGCGGAUGGACUGAAAGAAGGAGAUUACACAUCCCUGGAAUCUUUCCCGUUCCUCUCUGACGGCAAGGGUCUCGCAUUUUUCUACCACGCGAGGCACUUCCUACGAAAAUUUUGGAUGACAGGCAGACUCUCGCUGAUUGUGACGCAGUGGAGCACUGGCGAGCAGACGGAAGUGUGGGCUGAAGUACCAAGUGAUGAGGACACCUGGCGAUCCCACUGCGUGACUCUCCCCCCUGGCAACAUCAGCAUUUCGUUUGUCGUGCAGCGUGGUUCAGGGUACCGGGCAGACAUUGCCCUCGAUGACAUUUUGAAGUUGACAGAGAGUUGUGAUCAGUUCCUCCUUGGUGGCCGUAUUAUAGGGCCUGUUUUUGGGGCAAGCACCUCCACUGAAGCAUCUUCUGGCUCCGGAGUGUGCAAAGCUGACGAAAGCCCAUGCAACAAUAACAUGUGUCUGAAAAAGACAAUGUUCUGCGACAAAGUUUCUGACUGCCCCGAUGGCUUUGACGAAGUAGGUUGUGAUGAAAACUGAGGCAGAUCCUGUGAACCAAACACCCUUCCUCUCCACGCCAUGAUGCUGAAGGUAGAAGGACUCAAACAAAAGUGUAGGCUGAAAUUGAUGAUUUUUAACCUAAAAAUUAUUUUUGACUGAAAAAAAUCAAUGUAACAGGAUAACAUCAUAUUUUUGCUUAGUUCGUGUUCAUGAUAUUUCUUUAUUCAGUGUUCUUUUUUCUGAAUUUUCAAGUGCUAAAUUAUUGGUUGGAAUUAUGUGAGUUGUAUUCCUAUGUGUAGAGAGAUUGGCAAAGGAAAGAUAUGACUUAAGUGUGGCUGUCCCUUGUGUGUAUCAAUGGCUUAGGGCACACAUUGGCUGACUCUGACGUCGCCAAUCAAAUAAGAGAAAGCAUGUUUAUUUUAGUUAAAGCAAUCAGUAAAAUAGAUGGGUUGGUUACCAGAGUCAUUUAAGGAAAAAUGUUUUUUUAUUUAUAUUAAAAAUUAUAUUAUUACAGUGUAACGCGCAAAAGGGAAAAAAGGAGGCUAUAUUCUUCUUCAAAUUUGGUUAAGAGAUCGAUUUACAUUUCCUUUUAAUUGUUGAGUUCAAGUUUUCGCUUAUAGGGAUUUGGCUCAGUGACAGCCACAAUUUGUCAGAAAGAUAUGGAGAGUGGUAGAAGUAACACACUGAAAAAAAGAAAAGUACAUUUAGUUAUGAUGAAGCAAAACCUGUAGAUUUUUUAGUUUUUAUAGCUUAGAAAAAGAGCGGUAUAAAAUUAUUUUAGUGCCAAAGAAUUAGGUGCUUUUUUUUUUGCUGUAUGACAAAGCCAUAACCUUCAGAGUACCCUUCUUUUUUUCUUUUUUUUUUCUUUUUUUGUUACUGUUGUUAAUUUGUUUGCUAUCUGGGUACGCGUUCAGAUAUAUUUAUACUUGUGAUGAUAAUGAUGAAGAUGUUGAUAAUUUUUGUUAUACAUAAAUUUUGCUUUAUGAUUUUUUUUAUGACUCCUUUUAUGGCACUGUUCAAUAACGUUGUUUCUGAACAUUAUGAUUAUAACUAUUUUAUAUCACCGCUGUCACAAGAAGAAUGCAUAACUCUGUUUGACCUUGUUGUGCAGGGUAAAUUAAACAGAAAAAUAGAGCUACUCAUUUUUCUUGAGACAGUGAUGAAACAUAUCUAUAUAUAUAUAUAUAUCGACUGCUGAGCACAAAAAGUGACUUUAUCCACUUUUCACUGUUUUGAGAAAAAGAAGUUGAAGUUUUGGCGAUUUUGAAAUCUCUGUAACAUAGUCAAAAAAGAAACAUUAAUAUCUCGAUACCAAAUUAAGCUACCGCUUAGAUAUAAUUACAAGGGUAAAAUAGUGGCUUAAAAUCUCACUACCCAUAUAGGCCUAUCAUUUCUCUCCAUUUCGACCGAAAGUGGAUAGAGUCACUUCUUGCGCUCAGCCAUCGAUAUACGGUUAUAUUGUUGCUGUACAUAUUGGCAUGUCUGCUCUGAGUGCGUAAACAAAAUACAGACGUCUGUCAUCCCACCGAUGUGGCGGGGUGAAAGUGAAAGCAAAGUUUGUACACAUUGUAUAUCUGCAACUCAUUUUUUCCACACAAGGAAAACACUUCCUGUUCUGAAAAUGGCUGCAAUGAAAAAUGUAUUAAACAUUUGAUGUGUAUAAUUACAGGUUAUGUGAGUUUUAUUCCUGAAAUGAACCUGGUGUUGAUUCAGAAGACAGGGUCUUGACAGGGUUGGAAGUUUCUCAGUGACACUAUGUCCCUGGUCUUAGCUGUGUUUCUAUCGGAUGUUUAGCAGUAGUCGUAGAGUCAGAGAGCACAGAGCUUUGGAAAGUUUAUGGUUUACUCAAAUAAGCUAAAUAUUAAAUACUAACCAUAUUAAUAUAUGAUUUUAUCAAGUAGAAUUUUAACACUAUAGAGAUAUUCUCAUCUUUUUAACGAAAAAAGAAGGUGUUUUCCUGCAUGAUUCACCUUCUACAACUUACAGCUUUGUUAAAAUUUAUAGACACCAUGUUGUUGACUAGCUGGUCGGAUAUUGUAAUCUACGAAUGGUCGGAUACUGUAAUUUACUAAGCCCAGAAUUUCGAAUCUCUAUUUUUUAUUUCUGUUUCUUAAUCUGUGGUAUUGGUCGCACGAUGCUUGAGAUAUUUUGUUGAAAUACGCAAUUCUAAAUAGUAAAUGUUGAAAAAAAAGAAGAAAAAAUACAUUAUAACGGUGCAACUUUUAUGGUAAAGGUGCAAUUUUUAAAGACUGAAACAGUUAUUCCCUCUCCA